GUUAUCGAACACAUGGUACCCGCUGCAUCGUUAAAUUUCGCUUAAAAGAAACCUGCGCUACAGAUAUAAAUGCUUUCUCCACUUCGACGCGUGGGAUUGCUUCUGAACCGGCAUUUUUUGGGCUCUUUCGCUUUCAGUUCAACUGGCAGAAUGAGCAGCGGCUGUGGCUUAGACACGGACAUCGUGUGGAUGGAUCUGGAGAUGACCGGUCUAGACAUUGAAAAGGACAAAAUCCUGGAGGUGUCCUGCAUCAUUACGGACAAGGACCUGAACGUGAAGUCCGAGGGACCCUGCUUUGCCAUCAACCAUCCGCAGGAGGUCUACGACACGAUGAACGAGUGGUGCAUGGAACACCAUUACAAAUCUGGUCUUGUCGAUCGAUGCAAGAGCUCAGAUGUGAAGCCCGAACAAGCCUCCAAUCUGUUGCUAUCCUAUCUCGAGAAGAACGUACCGAAGCGCGCCUGUCCGCUCGGCGGGAACUCCGUCUACAUGGACCGACUAUUCAUCAAGAGAUUCAUGCCAUUGGUAGAUGAUUACCUGCAUUACCGCAUCGUGGAUGUGUCCACCAUCAAGGAACUGGCCAGGCGCUGGCGUCCCGAAGUGCUGACGUCCGCUCCCAAAAAAAGUUUCGCGCAUCGCAGCCUGGACGACAUCCUGGAAAGCAUCGACGAGCUUAAGUACUAUAAAGCGAACUUCUUUAAAUAAAUUAAGUCCAGAUCUUUCAAUACCUCAUGCUUCACUAACUAAUAGAAGUGAAGAAAAGUACUAGCAAUAUGUAAAAAGUGCGUUAAGUAGUAGAAUAAAAACCAUGUUGUAAUGUGUAACGUGAA